AUGACCAGAAACGCACCACAGACCACUGAAAGCCCGGCGGGAAGGCCGGCAGAGCCCGCCACAAACAGCGAAAACGACGCGGAUUUCGCCGCGGGCGGCUUCAUAGUGGACGACCCGGACCGCCGCCCGAAACGCAAGCCGCGGCGGGCCAAAACCGUGGCGUCGUACGACGAAAACGUGCUCGAAGGCGCCGAUCUUGCGCAACUCCUCUCUGACGGCGAGGAUUCCGGCGGCAGUGACUCGGCGCCCCUUGCCAAGCGGCCGCGGCGCGGCGCCGGGCCGGCGGGUGGCAAAAAACGCGUGAAAACAUCGAGCCGGGGGCGUUUAGCGGCCAAAGCGAGCGAUCCCGACGACGACGACGAAUACCGCGACGACACGGCCGCCUUGGGCGGGCCCGUCGAUUCCGAUGACGACGGCGGCCCCACUGCCACUGGUGGUACAAAGCCGCGGGCCGGCGGCCGCAAAAAGACAGGGCCCGGCGGCCGCAGCAGCGCUGUUUUCGCCGAGCUUGACGACGACGACCUCUCCAUCGUGGCGCUGGCACAAGCCCGCGCGGGCAGCUCGUCGCAAAACGCCAUCCUGCUCUCGGACAACGAGUCGGACCAGCGGCUCUCGGCGGACCCGCCCAGCAAGAAAAAGCGGGCCAAGCCGCGCAAGAAAAAGGAGCCCAAAGUCAAGGUGCCGUACUUCACGCGGGUCACCGGCAAGUUGUACGAGCAUCACCCGGAGCUCAAGGACGUGUUCCCGUACCUCCAGUCCGUGGAGAAAGUCAAGGUGGAGCGGGCCGCGCAGCCCGCGGACAUGAACGUGCGGCUCCUCCCGUUCCAGUUGGAGGGCCUCAACUGGCUCAUCAAGCAGGAGGAGGGCGAGUUUGGCGGCGGCGUGUUGGCGGACGAAAUGGGCAUGGGCAAGACCAUCCAGACCAUAGCGCUCUUCAUGCACGACUUGCAGAAGCGGCCCAACUUGGUGGUGGGGCCCACCGUGGCGCUCAUGCAGUGGAAGCACGAGAUCGAGAACCACACCCGGCCCGGCAAGUUGCGCGUGUUGUUGUUCCACGGAGCCAACCGCGCCACCACGUGCCUGCAGCUCCAGGACUACGACGUGAUCUUGACGUCCUACUCCGUGCUCGAGAGCGUGUACCGCAAGGAGCGCUACGGCUUCAAGCGCAAGGACGGCGUGGUCAAGCAGAAGUCGCCGCUCCAUGCGCUCCCCUUCUACCGCGUGGUUUUGGACGAGGCACACAACAUCAAGGACCGCACCAGCGGCACGGCCAAGGCCGCCAACGAGCUCCAGUGCCAGAAGCGCUGGUGCUUGACCGGCACGCCGCUCCAGAACCGCAUCGGCGAGAUAUACCUGUUGAUCCGCUUUAUGAAGCUCGACCCGUUCUACAAGUACUACUGCACCAAGUGCGCCUGCCUGUCGGCCGAGUGGAAGUUCUCCGACUGGCGCCACUGUGACAUCUGCGAGCACUCGCCCAUGUUGCACACCAACUUCUUCAACCACUUCAUGUUGAAGAAUAUCCAGAAGCACGGCAUCGCGGGCGACGGGCUCACGUCCUUCCAGCACCUCCGCUUGCUCUUGAACAACGUGAUGUUGCGCCGCACCAAGAUCGAGCGCGCCGACGACCUCGGCUUGCCCCCGCGCAUCGUCGAGAUCCGCAAGGACGUCUUCAACGCCGAGGAAAAGGACUUGUACCUGUCCUUGUACAGCGACUCCAAGCGCAAGUUCAACGACUACGUGGCCGAGGGCGUGGUGCUCAACAACUACGCCAACAUCUUCACGCUCAUCACGCGCAUGCGCCAGCUCGCAGACCACCCCGACUUGGUGUUGAAGCGAGUCGGGGCAAACGCCGUGGCGCAGGAGGUCGACGGCGUGAUCAUGUGCCAGCUCUGCGACGACGAGGCCGAGGAGCCCAUCGAGUCCAAGUGCCGUCAUCGUUUCUGCCGGAUGUGCGUGCGUGAAUACAUGGAGAGCUUCCUGGGCGAGGAGAAGAAUCUCCAGUGCCCGGUGUGCCACAUCGGGCUCUCCAUAGACUUGCAGCAGCCGGCGUUGGAGGUGGACGAGGAGCUCUUCAGCAAGGGCUCCAUCAUCAACCGCAUCAAGUUGGGCACGCACGGCGGCGGCUGGCGGUCCUCCACCAAGAUCGAGGCGCUUGUUGAGGAGCUCUACAAGCUCCGCUCGGACAAGCACACCAUCAAGUCGAUUGUGUUUUCGCAGUUCACGUCGAUGUUGGACCUUAUAGAGUGGCGCUUGAAGAAGGCGGGCUUCGAGACCGUCAAGCUCCUGGGCCUGAUGACGCCACAGCAGCGCGACAACACCAUCAAGCACUUCAUGGAGAACACGCUGGUGGAGAUUUUCCUUGUGUCCUUGAAGGCCGGUGGCGUGGCCUUGAACUUGUGCGAGGCCUCGCAGGUGUUUUUGAUGGACCCGUGGUGGAACCCGAGUGUGGAGUGGCAGUCCAUGGACCGUGUGCACCGGAUUGGCCAGAAGCGGCCCAUCCGCAUCACUCGCUUCUGCAUCGAGGACAGCAUCGAGCUGAAGAUCAUAGAGCUCCAGGAGAAGAAGGCAAACAUGAUUCACGCCACCAUCAACCACGACGAUGCGGCCGUGAAUAGAUUGACGCCAGAUGACCUCCAGUUUUUGUUCAUGAACUGA